UCGUCGUCCCGGCUGUACAAUGACUCUCCCCGAGGUGAUGGAAAAAACAACAGCUAGCAACAGUGAACGCAUUUUUUUUUAGCAACUAUUUAUACUAAAGUAGAGUUGGAUGUGACCGCAGCACGCCAAACUUUUAUCCUUGUCAGGUCUUCUGUUCAACCCCAUGGCGAUGAGAGAGGCAAUGGUCCAUGAAGAGUUUUGGACACACGAAGAGUGGCUUGUCCACCAGGGUCAUCACCAGGCACUGGAGCACAGAUAACACCUGAAACUGGUGUGUGUUUUUCGGGGCGGUGGGGGUGCGAAAGGUGGCGGUGGAGUAUUCCAGAGAGACACUGGUUGGAGACAGCAGCUUCUGUAAGAUAAACCAUGAUCCCCAUCACUGAGCUGCGGUACUUCGUAGACACACAGCCAGCGUACCGCAUCCUGAAACCAUGGUGGGAUGUGUUCACCGACUACAUCUCCAUUGUUAUGCUUAUGAUUUCUGUGUUUGGGGGGACACUGCAGGUCACCCAGGACAAGAUGAUAUGCCUGCCCUGCAAAUGGGUGGUCAAUCAGACCUGCAAGAAGAACUUCAAUUCUACCCUCGCCACUUCAUUGUUCCUGGAGCCCAAAGGGAUCCAGUAUGAUCUAGACCGCCACCAGUACAACUAUGUGGAUGCUGUGUGCUAUGAGAAUAGAUUGCACUGGUUUGCCAAGUAUUUUCCUUACCUAGUAUUACUUCACACCCUUAUUUUCCUAGCUUGCAGCAACUUUUGGUUCAAGUUCCCACGGACUAGUUCCAAACUAGAGCACUUUGUAUCCAUCUUGCUGAAAUGCUUCGACUCUCCAUGGACUACUAGGGCGCUGUCAGAGACUGUGGUCGAAGAGAGUGACCCAAAACCAAUGAAAAUGAACGGCUCGAUGGACCACAAGGCGUCUGUUAUCAGUGAGGACGUUGAAGCAAGCGUUCCUAUGCUUCAGAGAACAAAGACACGCUUUGAGCAGGGCAUUGUGGAUAGAACAGAAACAGGGGUUUUGGACAAGAAAGAGGGUGAACAGGCAAAAGCCCUGUUUGAGAAAGUGAAGAAGUUUCGUAUACACGUUGAGGAGGGAGACAUUGUGUACAGACUGUACAUCCGUCAGACUAUCAUCAAAGUCAUCAAGUUUAUUUUCAUAAUCUGCUAUACAGGGUAUUACGUGCACGAUAUUCAAUUCAGUGUUGACUGCUCGGUAAAUAUAGAGAGUCUGACAGGUUACAGCGUGUACCGGUGUGCUCACCCGCUGGCUACACUUUUUAAAAUCUUAGCCUGUUUCUACAUUAGCUUAGUAGUGGUGUAUGGUUUGAUCUGCAUGUACACACUUUGCUGGAUGCUUCGGCGCUCUCUAAAGAAGUACUCCUUUGAGUCGAUCCGAGAAGAGAGCAGCUACAGUGACAUACCCGAUGUGAAGAAUGACUUCGCAUUCAUGAUGCACAUGAUCGAUCAGUAUGACCCUCUGUACUCUAAACGCUUCGCUGUGUUCCUCUCCGAAGUGAGCGAAAACAAGCUGAGGCAGCUCAACCUCAACAACGAGUGGACACUGGACAAGCUCAGGCAGAGGAUUACCAAGAACUCUCAGGAGAAGUUGGAGUUGCACCUUUUCAUGCUGAGCGGCAUUCCAGACACAGUAUUUGACCUGAUGGAGCUGGAGGUUCUUAAACUGGAGCUUAUCCCCGACGUAACCAUCCCCCCAAUCAUUGCCCAGCUGGUCAACUUGCGAGAGAUGUGGCUUUACCACACGCCAGCCAAAAUCGAAGCUCCCGCGCUGGCUUUUUUGCGUGAGAACUUGAAGUCUCUGCACAUCAAGUUCACUGACAUCAAAGAGAUCCCUUUAUGGAUCUACAGUUUGAAGAAUCUUAGUGAACUCCAUCUGACAGGGAAUCUGAGUGCGGAGAACAACCGUUACAUUGUCAUUGAUGGGCUCCGGGAGCUCAAGAGGCUCAAAGUUCUUCGUCUGAAGAGCAAUCUGACCAAGCUACCUCAGGUGGUGACAGAUGUGGGCAUGCACCUCCAGAAGCUUUCCAUCAAUAAUGAAGGCACUAAGCUGAUGGUGCUCAACAGCCUGAAGAAGAUGGUGAACCUGACAGAACUGGAGCUCAUUCGCUGUGAUCUAGAGCGCAUACCGCACUCAAUCUUCAGCUUGCACAACUUGCAGGAGAUUGACCUGAAGGACAACAACCUGAAGACCAUCGAAGAGAUCAUCAGCUUCCAGCACCUUCAUCGGCUAGUCUGCCUUAAGCUCUGGUACAACCAGAUCGCCUAUAUUCCCAUCCAGAUUGGAACACUGACCAACUUGGAGAAACUGUACCUGAACAGAAACAAGAUUGAGAAGAUCCCCAGCCAGUUGUUUUAUUGCCGCAAGCUGCGCUUCCUGGACCUGAGCCAUAACAACCUAACGUAUAUCCCUACAGACAUUGGCUUCCUCCAGAAUCUUCAGUAUCUGGCAGUUACAGCCAACAGGAUUGAGAGCCUGCCUAAUGAGCUGUUCCAGUGCAAGAAGCUUCGCACUUUGAACUUGGGGAACAAUUGCUUGCAGUCUCUCCCAUCGCGGUUUGGAGAGCUGACCGGGCUGACACAGCUAGAGUUGAGAGGAAACCGUCUGGAGUGUCUGCCCGUGGAGCUAGGCGAGUGCCGCCAGCUAAAGAGAACCGGUCUCAUUGUGGAGGAGGACCUCUUCAACACCCUGCCCACGGAGGUCAAGGAACAGUUAUGGAAAGUUGACAAAGAACAAGCUUGAACAGGUCUGUGGCUGUGAGUGAGAACAGAUACUGACCAACUGGGCCCCGACACCGGAGGGAAUGCUUGUACUGUUCCAGAUGGCCUGUUGAAGCAGGCAGUAGUCCCGCUGCAGUGUACUGCCAGUAAGGUUGGGUAUCAAGAACCAGGGCCAGUGUGGCAGAACCAGAACACUGAUUUGGGGUUGUUCUCUUAACUCUUAAAUGUUUAUUUUCCUUCCUUUUACAAAACACUUCUCAUGCCUUCUCAUUAUAACCCAGUAAUUAUAUUUUAGGCAAUAAUGUAGCAGUGUCAUUGUGAUCAGCAGCGUGUUUACAUUUCAUGCUUCUAAGUUAUGGUGGAGAAGUUUAAGUAUGCAGAACUGUGGGCCCAUCUUUGCUGAAGAUAGAAAAAGAAAGAAGAAAAAUAUCCACUGUUCACAAUUACUAUAACAUCAGUUCUAAUCAAGAUCAAAUAGUUCACUAUUGUUCAGUUUUACAAACAAGAUAGCAAUGUGGUCUCUAAGAUGUCUCCUCCUUAAUUCCUGUGUAUGGAUCGUGUAACUGCAACCACCAUUUGCUUGCUUAACUAACUAACUAACUAACUACUAACUUCCAGUCAUAAUAUGCAAAGGAAUUAAUCAUGAAAGCAUGACGGACAAGAGUAACUGUCUUAAUUUAUUUUCUUCAGCAAGAAAUAUGCAGAUGUUCACUCAAUAUUUGACAAAUCCUAUGGUUAUGUCACCAAAUGUCGUAUUUGUAAAUAGGGAAUGAGAAAUACCACAAACUGCACAGUCCUGUUAUUCUUCUUCUGCUGUAGAGCGAUGAUCACGGCCUUCUAACAUUUGCUCGGUUUGAAACGGAUUAAAAAAUCAUGAAAGUAUGACGUGAGAUCACAAAUCAGGGACUAACUAAUGAUGAGUAAUGUCCAGAAAGUUUCUGGAUUCUGAGAUCCUUGUGCCUGAGAGGGUCAUUGAUGAGACUGUUAGUAGUGCAUGUGCUGCAGAGGCGGUGGAGUUGUCUUUUGUUGGCCUUGAGUCUUGGUUAGCAGUGGAACGUGGUGUUAGACCAGAGGGUGCCAUCCUUACGUGGAGCCAGUUCUGUGAGUGCAGUGUGGGGAAGAGUUGUGUGUUUGACCUCUCAGUCUCAGUCUCUAAUGCUUGAGAAAAAGCAAUUAUUCUUCUAAAUGCCACUCAGUGGACUAGUAUUACAAGACACCACCCACAUACAAUUACAUUAGUGGAAAAUCUUAUCAGCGAGCAGAUACCCAGCCCUUACUGCCAGUAUACUAUUCAGUGGGAAUUCAAAUCUAUUUCAUGGUCAUGCUGCAUCCACUUUGUUUGUUUGGACACAAAGCAAAAUGAACAAAAUGCUGAAAAGGUUUUGAAUGAGAUGAGUCAUGUCUGUGUCAAAAUAAUUAAAACUUUAUACAGGACACACAGCAUUGACAUCUAAAUGCAGCCUUGAAAUAUCGGUAAUAUGUCUGCAACAAACGUAACGCGUACCUGAAACUCUGCGUAUAAUUUGGAUGUGAAGCACUGGACUUGUGUCCUGAUAGCUGAGCGUCGUUGUCUGCAACUAACAAGUAAAACAACCAGACAAUAUAAAUCUGUUUUCUAAGCGCCUGGCCUCGUGUUCAUUUCAGUUUAUUAUAACAUUGUAUUAUUAAUAUGAUGUUUCUACCUUGAUAAGGUGAGAUUACAGCCAUCCUUAAUUUAACACUAUUAAUUGCUAUAUAAGAUCCAUUAAGGUGAAUAUGUACUUUAAUCUGAGUUUUUUUAUGUUAAAGAAAACAUUGCAAUAAGGUCCAAAAUGGCCAUUUUUGAAAUUAUAUCGUCGUAAAAUUUUAAAUUUUUGCUUUUACUCCAAGGUUAAAGCUUUUUUAGAAACAAAAAAGCAUCAUUCCAUUUAAUGAAAAAAUAAUUGUAAUUCCUACAAAUUUAUUUGUCAUUAGCACGAAAGAUUUAAGAGGCACUUUUGAAAAGAGCCAUGGCUUUCAGGUCAGUUGCCUUAACUUUAAUUCACUACACCUGUCUUCUGUACCGUUCUGUUGUUUUUGUUAGGGCAUCUGUGGAGAACAAAUGAUCGUACUGUUGACUGUGUUUUGAUGCAGAUAAAUGUCUUUAAAGCUGCACUAGACUACCCAGCCCCAGACGAUAAUGGGAGGAACGGGAGAGUUUUGUCCUUUUUGUUUUAUAUUUUGCUCUAAUGCUUCAUGUCAUCACUUCUGUUGACCUUUCACAAGUGAGCAUACUUGACUCCAGUUCUCAAUUCGGGCCAUUAAAACAUACAUAUGGUGUCUCAGAUGUGAUUAAUAAGACAUAGUUUUCUGUUGUAGCCUCAUUUUGUAACAUUGGCUGUGCUAACAUUAGUUUUACAUUAAAUUCUACCCUAGUGCAGCUUUAACUCUCUGUAACAGUGUUCCUGUGCACUGCUGACAACUUAUGUAGAGUUUAAAAGUCUGAAGGGCAUAAACAUUGUGAAUUUGAUGAUCCAAUAUUGUUUCUACAAGUCUUAUUUGUAAAAAUGAUCUAGAAAUGUAGCAUUUGGGUUUAGAUUUUAGUUAUUGAAGUGACACUGUCAUUUUGGGAAUGAACGUGUUUUUAGUUUUUUAAUAUUAUUUUGUGAUGGAUUUGUUUGUUUGUGUAGGAGUUUUGUAUGCCAGAUACACUUGGCUAAUGGAAACCCAUCCUUGUCAGGGGGCUAAAACGACAAAAAGCAAGAAAAAGAAAUCUUAAAGUCAAAAUUAUAAUUUCAACUUUCUAAAUUGGAUCUAUGAGGAAGUUUCUUGACUUGUCACCUCACAGCAUGCAGGUCCUGUGUUCACACCCACUGGGCCGUAAACGUUUUGUCUUAGUCCCUCAUAAUGGUUUCAUAGUUUCUCUUUCCGUUUUUUCUCCCCCUGCCGUAAAUGGGCCUCCAUACUUUUCUGGUCAGGUCAUCUAAUUGUUUAGUUCUCUGGUUUCAAAGUGUGUUCAUUUGUAAAGUAGCGUUGAAUACUUUUUUGCCUGAGAGUGACUUUUCUGCACUUGUGUUUGCCACAAUAAGCAGCACGAUGCUAAAAAAAAAAAAAGUGGAAUUCAAGAUCAAUGCACAGCUCUGACACAGCACAACACACAAUAGGGGUUCUUGUGUUUUCCCCGAGACAAAAAAAAAAAUCAGUUUAUGUUUUAAUAAACCUAACUGCAAAGAAAACUUGGACAGUAGCAAUAUACAGUACAAUAACUGGGUUGAAAAGCAUAGGAAUAGUUGAAGCUAUGUACACUUAUUUCAGUAACAUGUUUAACUAUGCUAUAUUGUGCAAUAUUGCUUUUAUUUAAACUAUGUAAAGGUUAGUAGUAGUGUAGUUUUCUAAUGUGCAUGGGCAUUCUUUUUGUCGCGUUCAUUUUACCAAGGUGAUGGUGAAAAUUUCAAGUAGAUUAGAGGAGAUUUUUCAACCUAGAAAAUGCUUUUUGCACUACAGCACCUCUCCCACACGUUACAUUUAGGUAAAUGCAAAUAAUGGUAUACAGCUUAAUGUAUACAACACAUGUUUUCUGGUAUGGGAAGGUUCAACUGAAUGACUGCCAGCCUUGAGAUUAAAGUGCUGUUAGAUUUAGUAUUUAAGUUUAAAAACUGCUCAUGGAAGAAUAUAUUGAUUUUGGUCUUUUACCUUUAAGUCCCAACUGGAGCAUUUGAAAUGACAUCCAGAGCACCUCAGCAAUACACCACCGAUUAAGACAAUCAACUAAUCUAAUUAAGAGUGACAUCAGAAAUCCUUUUGUCAAAUUCUGAAGCGUUGCAGUGAGCACCGCAAGUAGAUGGUCAGUACAUUAUAAAAAUACGUUGUGUCGGUUGCUAGUAAAGUGGUUUCAGUAAAUUAGCAUUUUGUUUCAUAGUUAAUCUUCUCUUCCUUUGCAUUUCCCCUCUUUUUUUUCAUUUUGUCUGUUAUUUUUUCAUUUUGACAGCUAUUAGUAUUAUAUAACUAUACAUUUCUCAGGAAGCCAGCUAGUACUCACUUCUUUUUUGAGUUGAUUGCCUAUUUUUUUAUUACACCUGGUAUUUUUAUUAAUUUAAACAGUUGUUUUAUACAGUUACAGUUUUAUAUGCAUUUCUAUACAUUAUUUUCUAGUUUGGUGUAUUUAAUAUUGACUGCUGGUUUAAAACAAAAUGUGUUUUGUGUUUUUAAAGAAACCACUUGGUUUAACCUUGAUUCUGCGUUUUUCGUCAGUGACCAUGUAUAAACUGAGCUGUGUUGUUUCAGAAUUGUGUCUUCAUUGUGAUUAGCACAGAUAAAGUGUGUGUAUGAGUGUUAUCUGUGAGUGUGUAUGUUGGCAUCAUGAGACUUGAUGUUCAUCUUGGUUCUUUCUCCUCUUAAAAUAAUUAUGUUUGGGUACAAAUCUCUCUCUUUUUCUUUUUUUUUUUCAAAUGUUUCCCAA